AUGACCUGCGAGCAGCCGCACUGUCGAGCCCGUAUUCCUCGCCAGGACCUGGAAGAGCACAGUUGCUUCGAGGCCUUGAAAACACAUUACGAGGAAAAGAUUACCGAGCUGCGUCAAGAAAUGUAUCAGCGGGAACAGCGCAUGCGCGAUGAAUUUAAUGCUCUCCUGCGCUCGCUACAGCAAACCACAGUCAACAACACCGUGGGUAUGCCCGUCCCCACCGGCCGCUUUCAGCAAGCCGAUGUGGAUCUACAGCAUGCCGAAACCCAUCAAAUUACGGUGGACGACGAUCGUGUCACCCUUCCAGUCAACGUGUUGGUGCAUAAGGGGCAUGCACUGCUGGGCGUGGAAGUGAGCGGCAACAGCAGCUUUGAAUUUGGCGUCAUUCGAGACGAUGAGAAGAACCAUCCGGAAUCCCUUCAUGUGCGGGGCUUGACAGGCUUCUACUCCUCAUCAACUUGCGGAAGUCGCCUGCCGCGCCCAAUUCGUGUGCCAUCCAGUGGCGUUGUGGAGGUGCAGUGCUCCAUCGACACGGAGCAGGUGGUGUUUCUGGUCAACGGCCGUAAACAACUGCAACAGCCUCUCAACUUGCGCAAUUGGUCGAUCGGCGAGCCUAUCCGCUUGGCUAUUACGCUUUGGAACGGAACUCGAUUGCGACGGGAAGAGUGUGUGGCGCUGCAAUCCUCGGGCCUGGCCCUGGCCGCCUCCCCGUCCUUGUCUGUAUCGUCGGCCGCAACAUCGGACACCGUUGGCGCUCAUAGCGCCUCCAAUACGGAACCAUUGUGCAACAGCCCGGAUGUGGACCAUGAUCACUUGCGCGUUCGCUGCCGCAUUUGCACUGCCUGUCUUACCUGCACGGGCUAUGGGGCCAGUUGCUGCGUUUCGGGGCCGGGCGGCAUUGCUGAAAACGCAGGAGCCGAUUGUGGUUGUGGCCCCGGCAACUCGGGCUGUUCUUACUGCGGGCGCUGCGAAACGUGCUGCAAUCACAACAGCGAGGUGCCAAACGCGGCCUUUCAAGCCUUUCUUUCCCGCCACGAAAGCCGGUCGGCUCUUGAGGCGUGACGAGGCCCUAUUUUAGAAUGUGCCAUCUGAUGUGUGUUGAGUGUUGAGAUCGUGUCGUGAGUGUGAACCCAUCCUAACUUCAGGGUUGCUCAGAUCCCAAGCCACGUAUCACGAGAGAGGGUAUGCGCCGUGGGCUCUGGCCUUGACCAAAAUUAAAACCCAAAAUUUG